CCUGUCAGACUGCGGGUGCAUUCGAGUUCCAUUAAUCUAGAUGUUAAAGUGGAAUCCUCUUUGAAAGAUGGCAACCACCGUUCCAAGCUUCGUAGAGGACAACGUGACGUCGUCUUCUUCAGACUACAGUUUCCUUGACGCCUUCUCGCACCCUUUACCCAUCGAGAUUGUCAUAUCUACCAUUGUAUGGCUCAUGUGCUUUUUGGCGGUGUUUGGUAACAUUCUGAUCUUCGUAGUGAUUCUCAGAGACAAGCAGCUGUGGUCUAACAUAGCCAAUAUGUACAUUUUAAACCUUGCCAGCGCCGACUUGUGCGUUGGGAUGAACUCGUUGACAAUGCAAAAUAUUUGGCGGUAUACCGGCAACUGGCCCUUUCAGCGAGCCGUGUGCACCUUCUGGACUGUCGUGGAUUAUUUGGCGUGUAUGCAGGGCGCCUUCGCAGUGACACUCAUCAGUCUUGAUCGUUAUUUCAUGAUGACCAAAUUCCUGGAGUAUCGAAUAUACAACAGCAGGAAACUUGCUUGCGGCCUAAUAACAGGUACCUGGACGCUCGCGUUGCUAUUUAAUCCUUUCCCAGUUUUGGGCAAUGAACUGUGGCCCAAUGCUGGAGACGUUGGUAUUAACUACUCUGUCAACUGCGAUUUCGGCGUGCUGCGUAUUCUUUCCUAUAACAUUGCUCAAAUAGUUGUUGGGUUCGUUGCACCGGCAAUCAUCUUAGCCUACUUGAAUUUCAAGGUGUAUGCCAACAUCCUGAAGCGCUCCAAAGUCUUGUACUCACCGAUCACAAGACACCAAAAGGUCCUACAAAACUCACCGGAAGGCCGCUAUCACGCUGGCCUUUAUCGUGGGCGUGUUUUUUUUAUAUGUGAGACCCCCUUAAUCGUCUUGAAGUUCCUGUUUGUCGCAAAGGGGGGUUAUUUAAGCUGGCUGUUAUGGAAUGGUGCCAGCUAUACUGUGUGGGUCAACUCAGCGAUCAAUCCGUUCAUCUAUGCCGGCACUAAUCCCAGGAUCAGGCGGGAUAUUAUCAAACUCCUCUGUUUUUGGAACCACCGGCUCCGAAGGAAAAUUCGCCCAUUGCACUGACUUCAACCGAACCGGCUCUAAUGGCUUGGUUUGUAAGGCAGUUUUCCAAUGCAGCUAUAGACAC